AUGGAUGACCAUGAUGCACACCAAACCCGUCUUGUCGCUGACCACAGAGAUGCUUCUUUCGUACAGAUAGUUCAGCUCCCCCAUGCUAACUCUGGAGCCAACCGUCAAUUAAUGCUGCAAAACGGAGUCCGACGCAGAAAGUAUUUCCGGCAGCACGUGGGUCUUCUUUCAGAUUUGAAUGCAGAAACAGGAGCAGCGACGCCCAUCGGAGCUCGACGAGCCCUCAUUGCUGCGAUCACAGAGGCAAGGUAUAGUAGCAAUGUCCGUCGGUUCGGAAAUCUGUAG